ACUCCUCGGGAGACGGAGAAAAAAAAAAGCGAGAAUUUGGGGGUUAAAAAACAAAUCAUGACUGAAUCUGCCUCUAGCACAAGUGGUCAAGAGUUUGAUGUUUUCAGUGUUAUGGACUGGAAAGAUGGAGUUGGUACGUUACCAGGAAGUGACUUAAAGUUUCGAGUAAAUGAAUUUGGAGCCCUGGAAGUUAUUACAGAUGAAAGUGAAAUGGAAAAUGUUAAAAAAGCAACAGCUACUACAACUUGGAUGGUGCCAACAGCUCAAGAAGCCCCGACCUCUCCCCCGAGCUCCAGGCCCGUAUUUCCACCUGCCUACUGGACAUCUCCACCUGGAUGUCCCUCAGUCUUUUCAGAGAAAACUGGGAUGCCUUUCAGGUUGAAGGAUCCAAUGAAAGUAGAAGGGCUUCAAUUCUGUGAGAACUGUUGUCAGUAUGGCAAUGUAGAUGAGUGUCUUACGGGAGGAAACUAUUGCAACCAGAAUUGUGCUCGACAUAACAAAGACAAAGACCAGAAGGAAGAAAGGGACAUAGAAGACAUUGAAGAGGAAGAUCUCAAGUGCAGUCGAAAGAAAAAAACAAAAUUGUCUCUGAAAGCUGACUCCAAGGAUGAUGAAGAGAAAGAUGAUGAAAUGGAGAACAAACAAGAUGGAAGAAUCCUGAGAGGCUCUCAGAGAACUCGAAGGAAAAGACGGGGUGAUUCGUCUGUGUUAAAGCAGGGUUUACCCCCUAAAGGAAAGAAAUCUUGGUGUUGGGCAUCCUACCUGGAAGAAGAAAAAGCUGUUGCAGUGCCAGCAAAGUUGUUUAAGGAGUAUCAAUCCUUUCCCUAUAACAAAAAUGGGUUUAAAGUUGGCAUGAAGUUGGAAGGUGUGGAUCCAGAGCAUCAGUCCGUCUACUGUGUCCUAACUGUGGCUGAGGUUUGUGGAUACCGGAUCAAGUUGCACUUCGAUGGAUAUCCAGACUGCUAUGACUUCUGGGUAAAUGCAGAUGCUCUGGAUAUUCAUCCAGUUGGGUGGUGUGAGAAAACUGGCCAUAAACUCCAUCCUCCAAAAGGAUACAAAGAAGAAGAAUUUAAUUGGCAGACUUAUCUUAAGACUUGUAAAGCUCAAGCAGCUCCCAAGUCACUAUUUGAAAAUCAGAAUAUAACAGUGAUCCCAUCAGGCUUUCGCGUUGGAAUGAAGCUUGAAGCUGUAGACAAAAAGAAUCCAGCUUUCAUCUGUGUUGCUACGGUAACAGAUAUGGUGGACAAUCGUUUCCUCGUGCAUUUUGACAACUGGGAUGAAAGCUAUGACUACUGGUGUGAAGCAACUAGUCCACACAUUCACCCAGUAGGUUGGUGUAAAGAACACAGAAGAACUCUUAUUACUCCUCCAGGUUAUCCAAAUGUGAAGCAUUUUUCUUGGGAUAAAUACUUAGAAGAAACCAAUUCUUUACCUGCUCCUGCAAGAGCUUUUAAAGUGAAACCUCCCCAUGGAUUCCAGAAAAAAAUGAAACUUGAGGUUAUAGACAAAAGAAACCCCAUGUUUAUUAGAGUAGCAACAGUUGCAGAAACAGAUGAUCAUCGAAUAAAAGUUCAUUUUGAUGGCUGGAAUAGCUGCUAUGAUUACUGGAUAGAUGCAGAUUCUCCUGAUAUUCACCCAGUAGGCUGGUGUUCAAAAACUGGGCAUCCUCUUCAGCCUCCUCUAAGUCCCCUAGAAUUAAUGGAAACUACAGAGCAUAGUGGAUGCUCAACCCCAGGAUGCAAAGGGGUUGGCCAUUUUAAAAGAGCAAGACACCUGGGCCCCCACAAUGCUGUCAACUGUCCUUAUUCAGAAAUCAAUUUGAAUAAAGACCGCAUUUUCCCAGACCGCUUAAGUGGUGAGAUGCCUCCAACCAGUCCAUCGUUUCCAAGAAAUAGAAGGACAGAUACAAAUGAAGUCUCUUCAUCUCCUGAAAUCAGAGCACAGCAUGCUGAUGAUGCUAAAGAAGAAUUUGAAGAGAAAUCAGAGAAUGAAAUGAGAACAUCACAUGAAGCCAGAGGUGCCCGGGAAGAGCCUAGUGUACAGCAGGCACAACGUCGCUCAGCUGUCUUUCUCUCCUUUAAGUCCCCCAUUCCAUGUCUGCCCUUGCGCUGGGAACAACAGAGUAAACUUCUUCCAACUGUUGCUGGGAUCCCUGCCAGUAAAGUUUCCAAAUGGAGCACUGAUGAGGUAUCAGAAUUCAUCCAGAGCUUACCUGGCUGUGAAGAGCAUGGAAAAGUAUUUAAAGAUGAACAAAUCGAUGGAGAAGCAUUUCUGCUUAUGACCCAAACAGACAUUGUUAAAAUUAUGAGUAUUAAGCUGGGCCCCGCACUCAAAAUUUUCAAUUCUAUCCUGAUGUUCAAAGCUGCAGAGAAGAACUCUCACAACGAACUUUGAAGGUGGUGAAUAUUGAAUACCAUCAGCUUUCUGCUUUAAAGUUCAUAUUUUAUUCAAAGCACAAGGACAGUUAUAACUCCUAAGUGAGAGGCUCCAAAACUCACAAGAACAAUGCUAUUGGAUUAUUUAUAUUCCUCAAGAGACAAUAUAUAUGAAUUCUUAUGAAAGUGCUUGAGCUUUUAACCAGGUACUGUCUAACAACAGUCAUCUUUUGGUUCUGUUCACUGAGCUAAAUUUACCUUUGUA